AUGGCUUCUGUGCGGUGUCGGCAGCUCGUGUCAAGGAGCUCAGAGAUCGGACCGGGGCAUCGAUGGGAAAGCCUUCAUCUCAGACAUGACCGUGUUUGGAGCUCGUGUGCUGAGUACAUCUUGUCGAAAGUCUGCUGCUUCAGGUGUCGGGAAGCGCUGAAAGAGAGCGGUGAUUUGGAAGAGGCGGUGGAAUGGUUGAAGAAGCGUGGCGUGCGAUCCAUGGAAAAGCGUGCUGCAGAAUCGAUGGAAGCACUUCUCUCCCUGGGCCUUGACAAAAACGGGGUUAUCGUGGAGCUAAGGGCUGAGACGGAUUUCGUGACCCGGAACGAGCUCUUUCAGCAGACGCUGAGGCACCUAGCGAAGAUGCUUGCAGCAGAGCCUGAGACAGCCGACGCUGGUAUUGAGGCUGCACUGGCAAUGAGAGUGGCAGAUGGUCCGGAGAGACCUCCGCAACUUCGAGAGGGAGCACCUCUUUCUGAAGCCCUGCUGGAGCUCGGAAGUGUACUGGGCGAAAAACUCGUCCUCGCUAAUGUGCACUUCUUGAAGGCCCCUGCGGAAGGAGUCGUGGCAGGAUACGUGCACCCAAAAUUUGCAGACAGCCUUUCGGGCACUGGUCGGAUGGCUGGUUUGGUGUCAGUGAGCGGUGGCAGGUGCGAUUCUGGUGCCUUGCACCGAAUAGCUUCGCGAUUGGCGCGCCAUGUCGUGGCUGCGCAGCCACGAUUCCUGCACGUCGGCAGUGUGCCGGCCGAGACUUUGCGGAAAGAGCGCGAGGUUUUCAAAGCAGCUUACUUGGAACAGCUGGGACCGAGGAAAGCGGGUCUUGCUAACGACCAGGUGAUACAAAAGGUUCUCGAUGGUAAAACUUCCAAGUUCUAUCAAGAGUCUGUGUUGGCAUGUCAAGAACUCGUAGCACCGCAGACCGGCGAGAAGGAGAAAGCACUGCCAGUGUCCGAAUGGCUCGAGGCAGAGGCCCGAUCUCUGUCGCUGGGAGCUGGUGACCUCCAAGUCGAGGACUUCAAGCUAGCGGUACUGUGA